UAUUGACCAUGGUUGUUUAAUAAAUGCCAUACGAUGUUUACAACAUUUAAUUUAAAAUUUAUUAUGCAUACUUGGUUUUAAUUUUUAUAUCUGCUCAAUAUUUUUAUAAUUGAUUUAAGCCGAAUCCUUGGUCAUAAAGAUGAGUUCUAAAGAGAAAGACACAUUGCACAAAUUAAAACAGUUCUUUCGUAUGAACAAGGGUGCAGCAAGUUUACGAAGUCGGUCUGAUUUUAGUUUAACCUUAGAGUUGGAACAUGAUUUAAGCAGCGAAGCUUCUAUUCAACAGCGAAGUCGAGCAAUGAGAGAUAUUAGUGAAGAAAUAAAUAAUAAUCCAAUUGACAGUACUACCAUUGAAAAACUCUGGGUUUGCACAAGAGAUUUAUUAGACCCAAAACAACCUAAAGAAAAUCGCCAUUUGGUAUUAAGUUUUUUGAAAACAAUCAUUCAGUCACAAUAUACCCAACUUGGAAUUCUCCGGGGACACUUUUUUAGAGUAAUCCAAAAUCAUAAUAUUGAAGAAGAUGCUCAGCCCAGAUUGGAAUUGUUAGAAACGUUGACUUUUAAUGGGAAAGACAUAAUACAUUUUGAAGCUGAAAUUGGAAGAUUUUUAUUAGAAUGGUUACCAGGUUUAUGUACAGCAGGACUAACAAAAUCAGCUUUAAUGAUGUUUGUUAAAUUGAUUAAAUUUAAUGCUGCACAUUUGGAUCAGUAUAUUAUAGCUGAAAUUGUCAGGAAUGCCUGUUAUUUAUGUUGUAUCAGACAGUCAGUUUUAAGUGCCUUAGAUGUUUUAGAUACAGUGGUCUGUUAUGCAAUAUUUCCUCAAGAAACUUUACGAUAUUUUAUUUGCACAUUAUGCAGAACUGUGAAUGAUGAAGCGUAUUGCAGUACAAGUUGGAAGAUUAUGAAAAAUUUAUUAGGAAAGCAAUUGGGACAUAGUGCAUUAUACGCCUUAUGUCGAAUAUUGCAAGAUUCAUCAUCUCAUGUUGAUGGAGAACUAUUACGAGGUGCUGUAUUCUACAUAAAUAUGGCUCUCUGGGGCAAUUCUAAAGUACCAUCUUUGAAAUGCACACCUUGUUCAGUUUUGCCAAGUUUUAUUCAUGCCUUAUCAAGCAAUCAUUGCGCAGUAACCUAUGAAGUAACCCUCAGCAUCCAAAGAUUGAUUAAUAAGUUUGGAAAACAUCUUAAUGAACCAGCUUGGGAUUUAGUUCUUGAUAUAAUGGCAACAAUUGCACACCAAAUUUUAGAGUCACAGCCACAAUUUAGUUUCAUUAAAACACCAUUCCAUGAAACAAUUAAUACAAUUGAGAAAUUGGUUAUGAAAAAGGAAUAUGCAGGGUAUCUACCAAAGCUUUAUGAAUUAAUCGAAAUUUGUGCCGCUGAUAGAACAGAGGAAUCAGUUUUGCAAUUGAUGGAUUAUCAUUCAGAGAGUUUACAUCCAACACAUCCAAAAUGGCAGCCCGCGCUGCUUAAUCUCUUGGAUAAGUUUUUUAGGCAAGAAACACGAUCAGAGAUACGUCUUCACUCUUUAAGAAUAUUAGGAAAAGUGAUAAAUGAAAAUAAAUCAUCAUGUGAAGAUGAAUUAUUAGAAACUAUAGUUGUGCCAAUAUUAUCAAAUCUGCAAUUAGAACAGGAUGCCAAUAUAAGGAGUCAUGGUGCACAAUUGCUUAUAGAUCUUUGUCUUUCCUGCGAAACAAAAAGUUGUCUAGAAAUAUUAGAAAUUUUAGAAAAACUAUUGAACAGGCCUUUUGAAAUAUUUUUAAUAGACAACAUACCUAGGCCAGAUCAUGAAAUGCCAGAUUUGUGCACUGUUACAGAUGGUUUGAUUAAAAUUUUUGUAAAAAAAAUAUAUGCAUUGCCAUCUUCACAUGCCAUAAAAGUGUUCAAUAUUUUUGUAAACCAUAUUGAAAGACAUUAUGAAAAACCAGUUGUUUUAUCCAUAACAAAUUAUACUAGAUAUAGGAUUUUUAACUGUUUUUUGAAAAUGCGUGCAAAUACUUAUUUUCAUAUUGGCUAUUUGGACUCGCAUAUAAGUGGUGAAAUCAAGUAUAGCGUUUUUCUGAAUAUAAAGCAGAAUGGCACAUUAUCAGAAAGUGUUGCCAGAAAAAUAGGCUCACCAAGCACUUGUGCUUCAUAUAAUUCUCAUAAUGUUACUAGCAUAUCAAUAGAGCCUGCUUGCAAGCUAAUAAUUACAUGUUUACGACAAGAAAAAGAUUGGCAAAUUCUGCAACUGAUUCUGCAAGAGUUACCCCAGCUAUUGCAUAAUAGAGCAUUGAUUUUAUCUCGUUCGACUAACAAUAUAGACAUGCUGGGUUCAACUUUAUGCGCUAUGUUAACAGAUGAUUCUAUGGGUUUACCACACACUUUGGUUAAUGCGCCAUCUAAGUUCUCACUAUCAGAUUUUCAUGCUCAUAUUUUACCUUGUUUGUCUUCACUAUCGCCUUACCAUCAGUUUAUUGAAUUAGUGCUGCAGCAAAGAUUAAUUAGGUGUCUUGUCAAGUAUGGCUUUGUAACGCGCUGUGCUAAACAAUGCAUCACUGCUCUCACUGUGGUUACUCUUGAGAUGCAAGAAGCCAUGGUCAAAUUGUUGCCUGAAGUAUUAUUAGAUCUUUCAAAAAUGUCUGCAACAAUACAUAUUGCUGUACCAAUUUUAGAAUUUUUAUCAACUUUAACCAGACUUCCAAGAGUGUUCAUCAACUUUGUUGGGGACCAGUACAUGUCUAUAUUUGCUAUAUUAUUACCCUACACAAAUCCUUUUCGAUAUAAUCAUUACAUAGUAUCACUAGCUCAUCAUGUUAUAGCUGCUUGGUUUUUAAAAUGCAGGCUGCCUUUCAGGAGAGAUUUUGUAAAAUUUAUCACCACGGGCCUAAAAUCAAAUUGCAUUGCACCAUUUGAGGAAGGAAGGAUAUUAAUUAAACCAGAGUUUACAACUUUGAAUGAAGAUUCAUCUAACAGAAAAAGAAGUUCUAGUUUAACAGAACAAGGUUCUAGAAGAAGAGACCGUCCUAUGAUAUCUAGACCCAUUGGAGAUUUAAGACCAAGUACAAAUGAUGCACUGCUAUCUUUUCAUAUAGAAUUGACAGAAACUUGUGUAGAUUUAAUGGCUCGGCAUACUUUUUCUCCCUGUUCUGCCCUGCCUAAGCGAUUGCCUUCUGCUGAUCUACUUUUAUCACAAGGCCAGUCAACCACUUGGCUUUUGGGGCAUAAACUUAUAACUGUUACAACAAGUGGAUGUUCUCAAAGCGCAUUGAGAAAUGGCUUAUGUGAUCGCUGCUGGACCGUUUGUAAAGGGAAUGAGAAUACUGACACAGAACGUUCACAUUCUCCAGAUCACUUAGAAACUUCAAAAAGAAAAGAAUUGUUUGAGGUGAUAAAAUCAAGUGAUGGAAAAAAUAAUACCACUGAAGAUACAAUAAGAAAAGAAAAUAUUAGCGAUAAUCAGUUCACUCAAUUAAGAGGGGAUCAACAUAGAACACUUGAAAAAGCUAAAUCUAUUUUGAGAGAUGAUUUUAAAACAGAUAAAAGCUUUUGCGCAUGUUGGUGCCAGGGUUGGGCAGAGGUGUAUGUUAGAAGGCCAACAGGUGAUACAUCUUGGGUAAUGAGAAUUCAGAAUCAAGUACAAUAUGAUAUGCCAAAUAGCGAGUUUCCAUUACAUGAUAUAACAAGUGUUUUCUUCCCAUCUCAUCAAUUGGGACAAUAUUCAAGUAUGUUGGAAACUCCAUCUACCAAUACAAAUAAUGCUGAAAUCAUUGAAGAGCAAACUAAAAGUAAUGAACCAUCCAGUGUGAUUAUUCCAUCCGAGCAGAAACAAAUCUUUCCAAAACUACCUGUUUCAUCAGGACCUAUACAAAUUCCUGGCUCUCCUCUUAGACAGUUAUCAAAUAGUUCUGAAGAACGUGAUCAAGAUAUAGCAUUUGAUGAAGGGGAUGAUAGAUCUAGAAAUCCAGUAAGAAGAGUUAAUUCCAGUCCUGAAAUGAGUUCUUCUUAUAAGAAACCAUAUCUUAAUCGGGAUAAGAGUGACAAUAGUACAUCUUCUCAGGAUUCCAAUUGUGAUGAUGAUGUUAUUAUUAAAAAGAAUAGUAAAUGCUUUACAAAAGAAAGAGGAUGUGAAGCUAUACCUGAAGAAAUGUCUGGUGGUACGCCGCCAUCUCACCCUGCUUUAAUGACAUUGCAUUCCGAUCCAGGAUAUAAUGAAGAAAAAUUGGAAUCUACCAAGCACUCUACUAAUAUGAACUUAGCACCUACAUCCAUGUCUGCUUUAUUGCCAGUUUCUGAAUCAAGGCGUUCAAUUGAUUUGCAGAGACUGCAUUCAUUAGAUUCUGGGCAUCACGUAACUUCUAAAUUAUCAUCUCUUCACUUGUCUACUGGAAGUAGUGCACAACUUGUAAAGAAGCCUCCUCAUAGCCCUGUGACUCCACUGUCACCAAAGAUGAUCAGUCGUGAUAGCAAUGAUAGUAUUAAGAGUCAUAAAUUUUCUUUAGUUACAAGUUUGGAUAAUAAUGAAUCUGAUAUUCCAAGAGAAAGAUCAAAGACCAUCUCAGUUAUGAGCCCAGUGAGGAAUAAUAGAGAAAGCACUAAAUGGACAAGUGGAGCUCUAAGAAUGAAAGAAACAAAUCCUAGGUCAGGAAUCAAUCCUAGUUUUGUAUUUCUUCAAUUAUAUCACACGGCACAAUUGGGCCAAAUUAGUGAGAAACCUAUUCUUGUGACAUCACAGUACCAAAAAGCUAUUGGUUUAAUAGAUUUUAUUCCUCCAUUUCAAAUACAUAAAAUUGGAGUUUUAUAUGUUGGCCCAGGGCAAUGUAAUAAUCAAACAGAAAUAUUGAAGAAUCGAUAUGGUUCUGUUAGGUAUGCCUCAUUUUUGCAAUCACUCGGGACAUUAAUUUCUUUAAAAGAAGCUUCUAAAUAUUCUUUAUUUACUGAUUUGGAGAAAAAUGGACAAGAUGGUAAAUAUGCUUACGUGUGGCAGGAUGAUAUAAUGCAGGUCUAUUUUCAUGUUGCUACUUUGAUGCCAAAUAAAGAAACUGAUCCACUCUGCAAUGAAAAGAAGAAACACAUAGGCAAUGACUUUGUUUCUAUCAUUUACAAUGAAAGUGGUGAAGAUUAUAAUAUGCAAACAAUUAAGGGUCAAUUCAAUUAUGCUUGUGUGGUUGUGCAACCUUUAGAAAUGGGAACCAAUUGUAUAACGGUACGUGCAAGAGAUGAAGUGAUUGAUCAUUUGGGACAUACUGAACCAAAAAUUGUUUCUGAUAAUAAUGCUGCAAUAUUAGCAAGACAACUUGCUCUACAUGCAAAUUUGGCUUCGUUGAUUGUUAAAUCUUUAACAACAAAUUCGAAUGGACCUUAUGCAUCAAACUGGCUUGAGAGAUUAAGAAAAAUCAAAAAUUUAAGAGAUAAGUUGCUCCAAAACAUGGAUUCUUUAGGCAGCCACAGUAGCAUAAAUACAUCCAACACCGGCAGCUCAAAUUCAUCUCAAUCAAUACCUGAUUUUACAGAUUACACAUAA